AUGGUCAAUAUAGCGUGUGUCCAGGAGACUAGGUGGGUAGGAUCGAAGGCGAGGGAUGCGGACGGGUAUAAGCUGUGGUACACUGGAGUCCUGAAGGGUAAGAAUGGAGCGGGUAUUUUGGUGGAUAGGGAACUUAGAGAGUCUGUGGUAGAGAUUAGGCGGGUGAAUGAUAGAUUAAUGACUAUUAAGUUGGUGGUUGGAGAGUGCAACCUAAAUGUCGUUAGCGCUUAUGCGCCGCAUGCGGGCUUGGAUGAGGAGGUUAAAAGGCGCUUAUGGAAGGGGUUGGAUGAGAUUGUGCGUAAUGUUCCGCUUGCUGAGAGGUUAUUUAUAGGAGGGGAUUUCAAUGGACAUAUUGGGUCGGUUGCAGAUGGCUAUAGCGAGGUGCAUGGCGGCUUCGGUUUUCGGGAUAAGAACGGAGGAGAAGGGGAUCUGGAUAUUGUGCUAGGUGAAUUGAGGCAUUCUGAGAGUCACUGUGACUUUAGGUACUGUAGGCACAUCAAGGUUGAGGAGGUCGUGAGGGCUAUGCGUAAGAUGAGUAGGGUUAGAGCAACCGGACCUUCCGGUUAA